CCCUUUGGUCCGGUUUUUUUUUUUAAUUUGCCGCCUUUUUCUACUGACGGAAGUGGCUUGCUAAACUAUAAUGUGAUUUUAUUGAAAAUUCAUGCAGUUUUGGGCUCGGUAGUAUGUUUUAGCUCUAAGUGCUCUGACAACACUGCCUUGUCGAUUUGUCAGUUUUACGUCAAACAAAAUACUCAAAACAAAUCAUUGUGAUUUUAAUUCAACUCUUAAUUAGGUUUUCAGUAUUUUCUCGAAAUGCUUACUUUGUGGAAUUUAUUUGAAGCCUCAUUACUUUGUCUUAAUGCAGUCUGCGUACUUCAUGAAGAAAGAUUUAUGCAAAAAAUGGGAUGGGGAGCUCAAAGUCAUAGCCAAGGAUUUGAAGAUCAGUCAACAGUGAAAUACCAGAUCCUGAACUUAGUUAGGUCCAUAAGAACAGUGACAAGAAUUCCGUUGAUCCUACUAAACAUACUCACAAUCAUAUUCAAGUUACUAUUGGGAUAAUGGUAUUAAACAAGAAGCAAGAUUUAUAACAAAAACCGAAAAAAGCUGAUGCUUUGGUAGCAUGCUAGUGUUUAUUAUCUCUUCAAGUGGCAUAUGUCGUUUUGGAGUUGUUGGAAAUUUGAUUUUAUUUCAAUGAAUCAAUAUUGAAAUUUAAAUGACAUAAUUGGUCAGGAGCCAAAGGGUUACCACUUCAAGGGUUACCGUCGAUACUAUUUAACAUAGUUUAUUUUAACUAUUAGAUUCAUUAUGCAUUUAUAUAGGGAUUACUGUAAUUCUCCCUCUUUCUGCAUUUAUUUCAGUUUCUUUCUGAGAUUCAGCUUUAGUGUCCAAUGAUUAGUCAGGGCUGCCUGGACUAACCAAAUGUGUCUGUUAUGGGCCAAAGGUCUCAUUUUCCAAAAAACUAACACAUCUUGCACCUGUACUUAAUGGUAGUAAACUUAUGGAAUGGCUGAUACUGAUAUCAAAAUAUACUGCAAAGUUUUUUAUGAUUUAAAAUUGAACAAAUACAUAUCAAAAAUAUUAUUAUUACUUAAUUACAACAUGUUGACAGUUAGUUAUAAACACUGGCAUGCUAUAAUGUCUGAAGUGAAAAGGAAUUGUCUGUAAUUAUAAGAAAAAUAUUAUACCUAAUGGUUGUUUUAUUUCCAAUUAUAUAGUAUAGAAUUGAAAUCCUGUUCAUUUCAAUUAAAAUAUUUUAUAACAUGAUCCA